AAUCCUCAAGGACAACAAGCUGCGGGCAGUGAAGAGCCAUUCCCUGGAAGGGCUGUACCUGCUGAAGCACCUGGAUUUGUCUGGCAAUGCCAUCAAGUCCAUUGAGGAACGUGCCUUUGAGCCACUGCCUUUUCUGGAACAUCUAAACCUGUCUGGGAAUCAGCUCACCCAGAUCCCCAGUGGCGCUUUCGAGGCCUGGCAUGGGAUGCAGUUUCUGCAGGAGCUGAUCCUGAGCCAGAACCCCCUGGCUGUGAUUGCUGACAUAGCAUUCUUCAAGCUGCCUUCAGUCAACUAUCUGGACCUGAGUGCAACGCAAGUGUCUGCAGAGACGCUGCUCCUGUUCCUGCAGACAACAUCCCACCUGGAGACACUCAAAGUGCCCCGUGCCGUGUCCUGCUGCCUCUGCAAGGAGCGUGGCGCCAUCGAGACCCCGUGCAGGACCAUCCAGUUCCUCUGUGAGAACCUGUGCAGCACCAGCACUGCCCAGUGUGGUUCUCUGGGCCAGACACAGGCAGAACUAAUGGCAGCAGCCCAGUCUGGACAGCUCAGAAGCAGCUCGGUGUUGUACCUCACAGCCAAGGAGGUUUCCCCAGCACAACACGGAUCAGUAACAUUUGCAGUGUCUGGGGAGCAGGACAGCACCGACGGGGAUCUCAGCAGCCAGGGAGAUCCCCAAUCAGACUGGCAUUCCUCUGCACACCUCUCCAGCCAGGACAGCAAAGCCAUCAAUGAGCUGCUGGUGAUGCUGCAGGACGCUCAGAAGAUGGGCGGGACCGGAGCCCUGAGGAGCAACCCGUCUGUCUUGGAAGAGCGACUGGUGCCUGAGCUCCAGAGCCAGCAGCCUGAUGCUCAAAGACCCCUGGCCGUGGCAAAGGCCAUCCCACAGCAGCCACCGCCCGCCAGGCACAACGUGCAGAAGUUCCCAGUAGUGGAGGAAAAGAAAACCCCAGGCUGGGAGCAAAAGCAGCUCGAAUCAGGCUUGAACUGGCCAGUCUUAAACCUCUGGGAUGUAGAUGGUGGCUCAAACCACCCAGAGGAAAUGCAGCUCGAGUCAGGCUUGAACUUGCCCAUCUUAAACCUCUGGGAUAUAGCUGGUGGCUCAAACAGCCCCGAUAACAGCACUGCCUUCAGGCAUCAGGGGGCAAAGGAGGCAGCAGGUCCCCGAAGGAGCUCUGUCCGCGUGUACCAGCGCAGGCAGAGGGACACCAGCUCUCAGCUGCGACACAACCCCCUUUUCUACCAGGGGCCUGGCAAUGUGAGGGGCGAGGAAGAGCCCAGGCCAAGAGAAAGCCAAGGUCUGGACAGAGAGCCGGAGAAUUUCUUUGACCUGUGGCUCAAGAGCCACCCUGAGGAGAGCGCUGAAGAAGAGCGCUCCUCUCUGGGGCAGUACUGGAAACCAGCAGAGCCAAGGGCCAGGCUUCCCCAGGAGGCAGGAGGCUCCCACAGCCCAGGCCGUGCUCCAGCUCCAGCAGAGCUGGCAGAGGCCAGGGCUGAGCAUCACCUGCACUGGCGGGCACCAAAUGAGGCCCUGCAGACGUUCAUCGCCCGCAUGACAGGAGCCCUGAGCGCGGAGUGCAGCCGGCCCGGCCUGCAGCUGCCCUGUGCAAGGAUGCUCUCCAAGACUGGGCUGCUGGCAAAGAGGCUCAACCUGAGGCAGGAGUCUCUCACACAGCAGUGUCUGCCCCCAGCCUUGCAGACGGGCAAGGAGCCUGCAGGAAAGAAUGCAGGGCUCAACCACCCCCGAGUCACCGGAAUAUUGGUGUUUGUCUUCAUCAUGAUCUUUUCCAUCGUCUUCGUGCUCAUCUUGAUGGUGUUAUAUCUAAUGCAGCACGCCGGUGAAUUCCGGUGGUUUGAGGCGCAGACCAUACUCCUCAUGGAGGAGGACGCUCGGGUGCUCCGGAUCCACAACUGGCACAGGAAGACAGAGGAAUAUCUGGCAGCUGCGGCGGCGAAGGAGAACAACCCAGGGCAGCAGGACAAGUGA